AGUAAACCCACAACAUUUACCAAUCGAGUACUCGAAUGUUGUGCUGAACUAGUAACGAAUUGGCAAGUUUUGUUUACGUGACAAACCUUACUAAUUGGCCGUGUCGGAUGGUGGCGGGUUUAACGACGCAAAUUUAUAUUUCCGCGAUGUAACCCAAAAACCUCGAUGAUGGAUUCGAAAACCAGUGUGCACCUCCGAUUAGCACGGUUGGCUACGCACGAAGUUCACCACAGAGUACGUCACAAAAGAAACCAGUUUGCCCCGGACCACGCAAACAGCCCCCAUCCCCUGCCUCUUCCGAGAAAUGCGAGCGUCUCGUCAGCCGCCCUCCUCACGACCAUUUCCACGUCCUUGCUGUUGACAUUAAAACCCAACCCACGGGCAAAGUUGACGUGUCCAAACAGCACACGCGCAGGUGCGCGUCGUCCUAAAUUUUCAACUCGGAAAGUCAAACGUUGUCACGCGUCACCCAUCCACGACUUCAAUUGUGAGACUUGGCGACGUGAAGUCGUUCACUCCUUGCCGACGACGGAACGUGCUCCUCCUGCAGCUCCCGGACGCCUCUCCAGAGGCCCAUUACACUGCGUACGAGAUUACACCACCACCACCAAGUUGACUUCGCACACGGCUGGGACGUGUGUUGUCGCUAUCCACCGUGGUGAACGUUUAAGGGUGACUGUACGGAAGCAACAUACGUACUGUGUCGGUGGUCAUUCUGUAGUCGCUCGGCUACAGAAUGAGACGACGGUAUGUUGAAAAGUCUGACAAGAUCCAAGCAGAGCCGUGCGAGACAAAAGGUGCACAGGACGGGGCGGAAGAGAAGAUUGGCAUGACCACCCUAGAAGAAACCAGUGAUAAAAAUGUGAUAAUGGUACUUCAAUGUCUGCAACAAAUAGCUUCAGAUCACAAAGACAUCCACAUUAAUGCUGAUACAUAUGUUGACAGCAUUUGCUUUGCAAUUAAUGAUUUUAAUCAUGUGAUGGAGAAGGUUACGGAUAAGAUAAUAACACCAGAGGAGGCAGUGGAAUAUUUCGCCACCCAAUUCCCUGAACUGUAUGGGAAAGGUAAACAAAUUUCCAGCGCCUAUGAUGCUAGUUUAAACGAGCUUUGUAACUUAACAAAUAGAACACAAGAUGAAAGAAACAACUGCAAAGAAAGAUUGUCUAGGCUUGCAGCAAUAAAGCCAAAACAAAUCGAGACACUUGCAAAUGACAGAGCUGCAGGAUGCUAUAAGGUGGCCGGAAAAGCGGGAGGAGUAGCAGUAAAAUCAGGGUGUAUAGGAGCAGCAGGGGGUGGGACAAUCUUGUUAAGUGCAGCAGCAGCAGAGGUGGCAGCGGCAUCGGCAGUUGCCGCAUGUGCAGUAGAGGUAGCAGCAACAGCAGGGACAAUAAUUGUAGGAGGUGCAGCGGUAGCAACAGGGGCAGCAUUGGUUGCAGGAGGAGGGGCCCUUGCAUUGGGAUUAGGAGUCAAAGCGGCACACCACUGGUCUAAACGUUCAGAGGAGGAAAUUCAACAAGAAAAAAAUCAGUGGAAGGCAACCGAGGCACAUUUUAGCCAAUUAACUGAGCAGAAUGAAAAAAUAAAAGAGGUAAUUGAUCGAGAAAAAAGUUUGCUUUUGAAAGUGAACUUACGUUUAGAAAGUAUUGCUAAACAAAUGCUAUUGGCGAAAGAUAAAACGUCAGAAAUUGUUAAAUGUAUACUUAAAAGGCAAUCUAACGAAGUAAGAAAUCUCAUGGAUGAAUGUGAAAAAUACAAGAAACUGAGAAUGCAAACUAAGAAUACUAUAUAUCCAGAAAAUGCAGUAUGCACAACGCAUAGGCACAAUAGCAGAGGAGGAGAUUGCUGAUAGCCACUACAUCUGGCGAGACAGUGGAUAUUCACACAAACGGCAAACCACAUCCUUCUGCAUUCAUCUUGGGUUUAAAUAUGCCAAAAAGUUGUUCGGUAUCUUUAGUCUAGAAUUAUAAUUGCAAAAAAGGUUUUAUAAAUAUUUUCAAAAAAAGGCAAUCAUGAGGAUAACACGUAGGCUUUCACUACCAAUAUUAUCCAUAACAGGUUUUUUGGGUUACAUCGCAUAAAUAUAAAUUUGUCGUUAAACCCGCCACCAACGACACAGCCUAUUAGCAAGGUUUGUCAUGUAAAUAAAACUUGCCAAUAAGUUACUACUUCAGCACACCGGUGUGUUGGAGAGUAAACCCACAAAAUGUAUAAUUCGAGUACGAAUUGCCUCAUCAUGCGACAGCCAGAACCUCUACUUUGGGUAACACUUGGGGCACAUCAAAACAUAUCCCUGACCCUCGGGAGAAUAUUUUAUCUGCAUCCUUUAGAGCAGCGGUCCCCAACCUUUUUUGACACCAGGGACCGGUUUCGUGGAAGACAAUUUUAAUGAGCCCAUAAUUUAAGUAGGACUCUUGGUAUUUUCUUUUAAAUGCAGCUUUCUUUUUGUAGGCAGUCUUAGAGUCUUCUGCUGUCGCAUCAUUGGGUCUUUCCCCCGUUUCAAAGAAGGUCUCCAGCGAUGUUUGUUUUUUACUCAUUCUGGCUAGGGUUAGCUUGUGGGCUUUCCAAAACUGACUGAGACAAGCGCGCAGUGCGGGAAAGAGGUGCAGGCGGAAGUGGUAAAUACAAUAAUGGGCAAGCCACGCGCGGACUAAAAUAAGUGUCUGAUUGUGACUUCUCAUAAGGAGCUCGCAACCUAGAUCCCUCGCAUGCACAGUUUACACUAGGGUUCACGCUCCUAUGAGAAUCUAAUACUGCCGCUGAUCUGACAGGAAGCGGAGCUCAGAUGGUAAUGCGAGCGAUGGGGAGCGGCUGUAAAUACAGAUGAUGAAGCUUCAUCUGUCAAUACAGAUGAUGAAGCUUCGCUCGCUCGCCCACCGCUCACCUCCUGCUGUGCGGCUCGGUUCCUAACAGGCCACGGACCGGUACCGGUCCGCGGCCCAGGCGUUGGGGACCCCUGUUUUAGAGGACAUCUAUCCAUAAGCAUUGGGAAGAUAUCCAACCCUACCUCUAUCUAUUGGAAAGACCUUUCACCUUAAUCCUUAGGACAUCUAACAGCCACGAUAACUCUUGGAAGGACAUCUAACGCUCGGGUGAACAUCUCACCCUAACCUUGGGAAGUGCAUCGAAUGCUAACCCUUGAGAAGAUGUCAAACACUUUAGACGUCUAAAUGAUCUUGCCCUUAUCCUCGGGAGUACACUGGUAUCUAACCCUAGCCGUAUGCCAAUUUGUUUAAAUUAUAAACAGCAAAGUUCAGCGAAGUUCACGUGAUUGUGCAUAGAAACAUAUUGAAUUGUUUUAUGCACUAACACAAAUUUGUUUUUCAAUUUCCCGACAAAAAUAUAAAAAAAAAGUAAUAACCAAUGUACUUGUUGGUGAAAGAGCUAUCAUGGCGGGCCAUCAUAUACCAUAUGAUAAACAUUAUUUUGUGAUACUGGUUUGGCAAUGGUGCACACGGACAAAAAAUGUAAAACUCACAUUCGUUAAUAACACUGUGACCUUAAAAGGAAAAAAACACAAUCGGUGACGUUUCAGGCAAUGACCCUUCCGGGGAAAUGGCCCAUCUCCAUGUGCUAUGAAUAAGGGCCAUUUGCCCGAAAUGUCGCCUAUUAUAUAAUCUAUAUAUUAUUUUCUACUUUAAGGCCACAGAGUUACGGACACAUAUGUUGUGUUUCUAACCAAAUUCUAGUUUAUCCGGGGCUUGGGCAAAACAUCGACAUGGCCACGACACCGGAAUAUAACGGACCUUCAGAAUAUUGGCUCCCAUAACACAAAUGUGACGUUGGAUAUGCUAUUAUUAUUUAUAUUGUUAUUGACUUAAAGUAGGGAUGAUCAAACUCCAGUCCUCGCUAUCCACCACGAUGCACCUUUUCACGUUCGCCAACCACCAUUCAAACGAACCCGGAAGGCACCAACUGCACUAGUUAGUUGGUAAGGAAGUACACAUGCGCCUUGAUGGGGUUCAAGGACUGGCCUUGAAGAGGCCUUGUAUUUGAGGUUACUUCCAUUCUUGUUUUUUUGAUAGCCCGUCAAGGUUCUCUAUCGCCAUAGAGCAUUCACAGUUCAACGCAAUGCUAUUCAAAUCGUUCUCUUUUUGCAAUAAAACAUAUAUAACGAAUUAUUACAAAUCCCAAUGCUAUUUUGACAUGUGUUUAAUUUAGGGGCCGUCCAUAAAUGACGUCACGCGAUUUUGGACAAGUCAGCCCCUCCCCUCAAAUAUGACGUCACAAAGCUCUGCCCCCCCCAAACCAUAUUUCCAUUUUGAAAAUAAAACAUGCUUCAAAUCCCUUUAAACUAUUGUCAUUGUAGUGCGUAUUUAAUGAUGCGCUGCACUCUGAUGUAGGAGAAAACUGUUAUUAAAGUCUAUUUGAGUACCUAUUUAUAUUUAUUUAAAGUUGCGCAUUUUGAUGUUGCGUCACAUUUCUCAAAGCCCCCCCCCCUCGUCACACAUCGUCAUAAAUGUCUGACCCCCUCCAGGUGCGUGACGUAAUUUAUGGUCGGCCCUUUAGGGCUACCUAUCACAAAUGUAUUCAAUUGAUCUUUUACCAGAAUAUAAAACAUUGCAUUUUUGCUUGAAUAUAAGUUGUAUUUAAUGGGUGUGGAAUACUGUAAUUAUACCAAUGUAUUGCAUGUCAAAUUGCUUGCUGAAUUUAAAUGACUGGUUAAUCACUGAUGCAUGUUAUGAUUAUGGUUGCUUUUACUCCCGUACUUUCAAAUGUAUAAUAAAUAACAAUUUCUUGUGCAUUAAUGAGAUUGCAGUUACAUUAUGAUAAACAUAAAGACAAAGACUCCCCCGUAUAGCCUGAACAGAUUGUUGGGGUAAGUGCUGUUAGCGAGCACCUAUGAAGACUGGCAAGGUACACGAGGUGAGUGACCACACUACGCCCGACCGCCUUUGUCUUCCUAUUAGCACCAGGUACUAAUUUGAGGCUGAAUUGACCUAGGCAAGGCCCAGGACCAGUUCAGAUAAUCGUCACUGGUUUUGGCCAUGAGCGGGAAUCGAACUUGGUUCGCCGGGUUUGUCGCACGGUGCGCUAACUGCUACACUACCGCUCCCCACAAUAUAACCGUGGAUACACAUACGUACAAGGGGCACUCUUGGUGCUAUGGGCAGAGUACAAUGCGGACUCAAGGAGCUCAAAAGAGGGAGUGGUGUGAGAGGUGGGCAAGGAGUUGAGAGGAGACCACAUGCUCCUGAAGGUUGGAGAGGAAAUGUAGGCUGGAAAUGGGGCAGUAGUUCGACAGGAUGGAGGAAGAUUCGUUUUAUAAAGCAUCGUUCAAGCAAUUGCAUCUCGGAAUCACUGAGCAAAGACAGACAAGCUGGAAGGCUAACUGGCGGUGGGCCGGUGCCAACAAUUUAUCUGCUAUUUACUAUGUACAGUAUUAAGAUUAUUACAUACGCGUGUUUUGUCAGAAUGGGAGUAAUGACGGCAGUUGUACAGGCACGGGGCACGAU